GAAGAAGAAAUUUUUUUAUUAAGAACGAAAGAGAAGGACAGAACAUACAGCAAAAGGAAAAAAACGGCAACACAACGCUAAAGAUACAUCCCAACGAAAUUGGAUCUAUCCCAGCAGCGAUAGUCAAAAGCCAAGAAAAAGCAGAAGGUUAAAAAGUUCAUUUGCUUAAUUGUCAAUGGCGAACGGCCUAGUCGUUGCUCCAAAAACGUUUGUUCUCGAUCUGAUUAAACAAUAUUGCAAAUGCCAACGUUGCGCGAGAAAGCUGAAGAAAAUCAAUAAAUUGCUAGAAAAAAUCCAUGGGAUCCAUUCCACAUCCAUAGAUUCAAAUGCACAGGGCGGGUGACCAUUACGGGCUUUGUGGAUCCACAAGAGGUCAUAAGGGUACUUAAAAAAAACAACAUAAAAGCAGAUGUCUUGUUGGACGAAAUCAUCCCAAGCAUGGAUAACCACAAAAUGCAAAUUGCGACUCUGUCACGGCGAGUUGAUCAAGAAUCCCACAAACAAAAUUUGGUAGCACAAGUGCAGCAAUUUGUGGAUAAUUCAGGGUUGAAAGAAUUGGAAUUGACCUUCAAGGCGACAUGCAAUGGGAAGAACAAAGAUAAGAUGACGACGAGCCUUGAAAGUGAUACCCACAAAAAGAUUGUCAUGGAUGACGACCAUGACCAUUGUGAUCCAAAAUCGCAGGGUCACUGUUGUGGCAGACAUGGUGGCGGUGCUCACGUGUGUCAUGGUGGAGUACCUAACUGCAGCCCUUGUUGUCAAGUGCACAAUCCUUACAAUUCAUAUGGUGGGAAUUACGGCCUUCCUCUAGAGUCGAACUUCUGGUCGCCAGCACCAUGUGGCGGUCCUCCUAUAGACCCAGAGACCCCGUGGCAGAGGGACUAUUUCCCGCCACCAGCACCGGUGGCCGGUUAUGAGCCAUCGGCUCCUCCAUUGUAUGGUAAUCACGAUGAAAGUCCAAGCAGCUGCAUCACGAGCCCCAUGGUCUUUUUUCUUUUGGUAGUUGUUAUUUACUUACUUCUCUUUCGUUAAGUACUGCACUUGUUUUUAAGUGUUUUUGUCUGUAUUUUUGUUUGAGAAAGAUUACAAAUGUUGUAUAUACUAUACAUGCAAAU